AUCAAACCAUACUUCAGCAAGCACAAGCACAAGCACAAACGAUAUCAAAAUGUCAUCAAUCAGCACUAACAAGAUCUACGUUCUAAAGAACAGCUUCACGGCCGCAGCCAAGAUACUUUCUCUGGCAGGAAAUGGCAACUCUCUCGCCAUGGUAGAUGCACAUAACGUUACUUCCAACGGGCUCUGGUUCCUUACCCCAACGACCUCAGCUCGCUACUAUCGCCUUCACACUCUUGCCAAUGGCGUGAAGCAGGCACUUGACGUCGUCAAUGACAAUGGAGUAAAUAGCGUCAACCUCCACUUGGCUAAUACUGGAGAAUACAGUGGCCAAUAUUGGAGAUUCGAUGAAUGGCACACAAGCCCAGCCUAUCCGUACCGGCUGAGUAACAGCUUCACUGGGCCAAAUGCGCACCUGGAUGUAUACUCGGACACAUUUGUGGCUCAUCUGGCCGGCAGCGAUUACUCUGGGCAGCACUGGGCGCUAGUUCCUGCGGACACUGUCAUUGUCACCAGGUCUUAAAGAGGGCGCGCAUUAUCGCGAAGCUUCUCCUAACCACUGUUACUCGGGCUUGGAGGGCACAUCAAAUCUUCGCUGUGCCAAUGCUGUAGCGUCUUGGUUCAAUAUAUCAGAAGUGGAAGAAUUAUUACGAAGUUUUAUAUAUUUAAUACAUAAAUGAAUGUCC